GGGAGAGAGCUUUGGAACAGGAGAAGGCCUCGCAGAGAGAGAAAGAGAAGAGGGAGAGUCAUCUUCCUCCAUGGAAACGUGGUCGUGAGAUUGGUCUUACCCCCCUGCCCACUCCUCCCCUCUCCACAGGAGCAGGUAGAAUGGCGGCAACAGAGGAGGGUGGGGAGCCCAAAGUGCCAUCCCUACCCCAAAAAGCAUUAAGAGACAACCAGCCAGCUGAAUCUGGUACGCCCCUGUCACAAUCUCUAGCAAUGUCUCUGUCACCCCAGUCCUCCUUCAAGAAGUUCCGUUUCUUGAGAGACCCCAUAGUUCUAUCCCAAUCUUCUGCAUCCGGGGUCAUCAAGAGGCCCCGUACAUUCUCUGAAAGCCACCAUCCUCAGUCCUUAGCUCUCCAGUCCCCCAGCAAAUUUGGGGAACCAGAGCAGGAAGGUACUCAGCAGGGGUCCCAGCCUUCUGCUGGACAAGCAGCACCAAAGAAGCCUGCAAGACAGGGUGUCCUUGUUUCUGGAGCAGACACGUCGGGGACGACAGGGCCAGAGAGGGAGACCCCAGUGAUUUCCACACUGGGCAAGAGUCCUGAAGAAGAAAAGGGUAAGAGCCUGGUGUCAGAGGAGCAUGUCCAAGCACAUAGAGAGGAGACAGACAAACAGGUGGUGGGAGAGACGGCCAGAGAAGCAAAAGCCCCCUCAGGUCCAGCGGGAGCUGUGCUACCUCCCUCACCCCAACCAGUGGAAGGCAAGGUAGAAAAAGGAAGGGAGAGGAGUCAAAAGAUAGAAGAAAAGCUGGGAAGACGGUCUUCCUCGUCGAAUGACUCCUCAGAUUCUGGGUCGUCGUCCUCAGGUUCGUCUGGUUCAUCAUCAUCCCAGGGCAAAACACACACCACUCCCAGUGGUAGAAGGAAACCAUUCCUUGGAAUACAUGCUGGAGAAGACAAUGGGCAGAAGGACAGCGAGGGAGAGGAGGUAAAGACAAACACUACAAGGGAGGUGAAUGAGGCUGCCAUGGCUGAGCCUAAGAAGGCUCCUGAGAGCAGUGAGGAGUGUGAGACACCAAAGGCAUUCACAGCCCGUAGGAUCUCCCUUAGCAGCAGCAAGGCCUCUCCAGGUGCUGUCAGUGCAGAGGGCGAAACAGAGUCUGGGGCCGGGAGGAAGAGGCGAUGGGGAUCCAGCACUGCAGUUACAGCCAAGAAAUCAUCCAUGAGCAUUACCACAGACUCUCUGAAGUCUCUGAUCCCAGACAUCAGACUGUGUCCAGGCCAGGAGAUGGUGGUGGAUUUGCACCCAGAGGAGGAUCACCUCUCUGGGGUGGAGGAGGAGGGCAGGGAGCGGGGUGAGCAGGACCUCAAGAUCAGACGCACAGUCACACAGGUGGUCCCGUCAGUGACCCAGGAGAAUGGACAGAAGGAGUCCAAGAGGAGUGAACAUGAGGAGGAAGACCGAGAGGAUGGAGGGGAGGUUAAAGGAGACAGAGAGGAGAAGAUGGAUGGCUCAUUCCAGAGAGACUCAUUGGAGACACAAUGCCCCUCUCCCCCCAGCCAUAACAUGGAGAUGAAAACAGUGACCCCCAGUGACACAUUGAUCCGUCGCUCCAUCAGCCAGCUGAAGUCUGGCGUGUCCAUCACCAUAGAUGACCCUGUCCGCACGGCCAAGCAGCCCUCUCCUCCACGAGGCAAAGUGUCCAACAUCGUCCACGUGUCCAACCUGGUUCGUCCGUUCACCCUGGGCCAGCUGAAGGAGCUGCUCGGUAGGACCGGCACCGUGCUCGAGGACGGUUUCUGGAUCGACAAGAUCAAAUCUCACUGCUACGUCACAUACUCCAGUGCAGAGGAGUCAAUUGCCACUCGUGCAGCCCUGCAUGGGGUGAAAUGGCCUCAGAGCAACCCCAAGUUCCUCAGUUUGGACUUCAUUCAGCAGGAGGAGCUGGAUUUCCACAGAGGCCUGCCUCCCCCUGAGAGGGCUGGGGAGGGUGAGCGGGGGGCUGCGGCGGUGCCUGGUCGGGGGGCGGCCCUGCCCCCUCUCCUGCCCGAACGGGAACAGUGGGCGGAGCGAGAACGUGAGAUGGAGCACAGGGAGAGGACCCGGGCUGAGAGGGAGUGGGACAGGGACAAGGUCCGGGACUUUGGUCCAGGAAAACCUGGAGAGGAAGCUGUCCCCAGACGAUCCCGCUCCAGAGAGAGGAAACGCAAGGAGAGGAAGAUGGACAAGAAAGAGAAAGCUGCAGACGAACCUCCUGUCAAACUGCUGGAUGAACUGUUCAAUAAAACCAAAGCAGCCCCUUGUAUAUACUGGCUCCCCCUCACAGAAGAGCAGUUUGCACAGAAGGAGACAGCUCGACAAGAGCGGAUGAAGAGGAGGAAGGAGCAGCAAGAGGAGGUGGAGAAGAAAAGGGAGGAAGAGCGCAAAGAAAGGAUGAAAGCCGCGAGUGUCGCAUCUGGAGAAAGAGGCGAGGGGGAGCGGUACAGACAGCGAGAGGGAGACUGGGGCAUAGAUGGAGAGAGUGGCAAACACAGAGAAGACUGCUACCGCAGACCUGGGGGCAGCAGUGCAGGGGGGACCAGACGCUCACGCAGCCGCAGUGACCCCCCACCUCGUGACAGACGACGCUAGAGGGAAUCGGUGGCUGGAACUGUCUUAAAAUAACCCCCUCCAUUCCCCAUCACUACAUUUACUUUGUUACAAUAUAAGACCCUUACAGUAGACCAACAGAUGUAGUCACUAUCUGUCACUUUUUUAAACACACACCGACACACAUACAGAUAGGGACCAUGGUUUAGCGGUGUUUUGCCCAGGCUGCUAUCUGUCUUGCUCCAUUCUGAAAGUUUAGAUUUUAUUUCAAUUUGACUGACUUUAUUAUUUUUUAUUAUAUUCUUGUGAGAUUGACAGUAAGGCAAUCGUAGAGUUCUAUGCAUACACACACUGGUUUUUGGCCUUCACCAGUUGUGUGUGUGUUCCACGACUGGUUUCUGUGGGGUGCUUCAUCAUUGCUGCAUGUUGUCCCAGUCCACUGUCCUCAGCCUUGUGUCCUAGGGAGGACUGACAUGGUUGUGCAGUGUUCUGUCCCCUCUGUCUUUGGUUUGAGGGAUGAGACUAUUAUCUGCAAGAUAUUAGAAAUGACACGCUCCUCUGAUUGUGUUUUCAUCUUCUAAACGCUUCUUUCUGCUCAUCCAARAGUUCUCCCUAUAUGGUCAACGCAAGCUGGAGAAGGGGUGCAUAUUAAAACUCCACACAAAUGGUUUUAAUAGUUUUUUAAAUCAUUAUUAAAGCUUUUCUUUUUUGUUUACUCCUGUGAAUGUACAAAUAAAAUAAGUUUGACAAAGCUUUUGRGCUUGUUUUCUGCAAGAGUGAACUUCUGUCAGUUGGAGAUGCCCUUACUUAUUCAGAUCAUUGUAGCAAAACAAAGAACUAUAUGGAUAAAAAAAAAUACCUGUUUCACA